GGCUGGGCACUGCUGGCCCUCCCCUGGGCAGAGCUCAGCUGGCAGCUGUGCUGGCUGUGGUUCCUUUAAGGCAGCACAGGUGGAAUGCAGGGCUGGAGGUGCAGCAGUAUUUAAACCAGGCUGGCACUGCCACACAGGACACUCACCGCAGGUCCUGGGUCCCUGAGGGGAAAAACAAGAAGUGCCAGGAGGAGGCUGAGUGGAAUGCAAGAAAAAUGACUUUACUGGCGUUCCUCUUCCUGCUCGCCUGGCUCCCAGCUGGGUCUGCAAGAGCCAGACACCUCCCCAAGGCAGCCAUCUCCAGCCCCGUGUUCGGCCCUCGGCAGGUCCACGGCGUGCUGGGCGGCUCUGUCACCGUGAAAUGCUUCUACCCGCCCACGCCGGUGAACAGGCACGACAGGAAGUACUGGUGCCGGCAGCUGGGCGCCAGGUGCAGCACCGUGCUGAGCUCGGACUACGUGAGCCCCGGCUACCAGGGCAGAGUGGCCCUGAGCGACCACCCCGAGGCUGAGAACUUCCAGAUCAACAUCUCCCAGCUGGAGCUGGGGGAUGCUGGCACCUUCCAGUGUGGCGUGGGGGUCAACGGCAGAGGGCUGUCCCACAGAGUCACCCUCAGUGUCGCUGAAGCCCCUCCCGUUCCUGAGGCAGCUGAGCUCUUCUACGUGAAGCUCCGCAGCACCUGGACCGUGUCCUGCGGCUUUGGGGCGGACACAGCCGACCAGAGGAGGUACCUGUGCAAGAAGGAGCAGGACGGCUGCAGGAACAUCGUCAACAGCCACCAGCAGAUUGAUCCGGAUUUCCAAGGCAGAGCUCUGCUGACCUUCGAGGAGCCUCCAGGCUCGUUCAGCGUCACCAUGACCCAGAUGGACUGGGAGGACACAGGCCUGUACUACUGUGGGGCUGGUGAAUAUGGGAAGGAAGGAAAAUCGAAGGAGCUGGACGUGUUUGUCUAUGAGGACAAGAAUUUCCCUCAGUUAAAGACCACAGUAACUGGAAAAACUGGAAGUUCAGCAACCUUCGAGUGCCUCUAUGAUCCCCUAAAGAAAUCCUCCACGAGGAUCUGGUGCAAGUGGAGACUCCAGGGAUGUGACAAGAUCAUAGACAACUCUGGGUUCGUGAAGUACGGCUAUGACGGAAGAGUGGCCAUGUUUGAGAACCCUGAAAAUAAAACUGUCACCAUCAUCCUGAACCAGCUGCAGGCCAAGGACGAAGGCUUUUACUGGUGCAUGUCAAACGAGCUGAAGGAGCAGCAGUCAUCAACAGAACUGAAGGUUGUGAAAGGGGAACCUGCACUGAAUGGGAUGAAGGAAGUGGAGGCACGAGUGGGCUCCAGGGUGGAUCUGACCUGCUCCUACCCCUGCCAGUAUUACUCCUACGAGAAGUACUGGUGCAGGUGGAACGACACCGGCUGCACCAUGCUGCCAGCCCAGCAGCAGGGGCUGCCAGGGCCAGCUGCCAGCUGUGACACGGCCACCAGGACAGCUGUGCUGAGCUUUGACCCGCUGCAGGAGGAGGAUGCAGGCUGGUACUGGUGUGGGGUGAAGCACAACGGGGUCUUUGGGGAAACCAUGGCCGUGAAGCUGCUGGUGAGCACAGGGAGCGAUGCCAAGCACAGCCCAGAGCUGCUGGAUGUGGAUUCCAGCCCUGACUCCGGAGCUGUUCCCCCAGGAGGAGCUCACAGCAAUGCUGAGGUGCGGAAAGGAGCUGUCCCAGAAAGUUCCAGCUCUGAUGAAAGCCACGGAUCCAACACUCUGGCCUUAGUGCUGGGCCCUCUUGCUGGCCUGAUCCUGAUUGCUGUGACAGCUUUUGCCAUUGUCAAAUACAGGCAGCUGAAGAGAUCUGAGCUGGUGUCCGUGGGCAGCUACAGGACGAACAUCAGCAUGUCGGACUUUGAGAGCGUGCGGGACCUGAGCGGCGCCCGGGAGAACCCCGCGGGGCCGGCCGGGGUCACCGGCGCCGCGGACACGCGGGACAGCGCUGCGGACACGCGGGACAGCGCCGCGGACACGCGGGACAGCGCUGCGGACACGCGGGACAGCGCUGCGGACACAGCCCCGGCAAACAGGCCUGCAGACUGUUCUGGGCUGCCCUGACCGUUCCCUCGUGUCCCUGCAGCGCUGCAGGGAGGACGCUGAGCUCUCCUUCUCCUCCUUCCCGGCCGCCUGCCACCAGCUGAGCCCGGGCAGCGCCG